AUGCUGCCAAGCCAGGAGGACAGUGGUGCAGGAGUUCCUAUGACGGAGGUUUCUGGUCAAGAUGAAAACAGAAGUGAACCCACACGGCAGAGAGAAUCAUGGAACAAACAUCUGGACUACAUGCUGACAAUGGUUGGCUUCUGUGUUGCAUUAGGAAAUAUUCUGAGGUUUCCCUAUAUCUGCAACAGAAACGGUGGAGGAGCUUUCCUCAUCCCCUUCAUCCUGCUCCUUUGUAUCACUGGGUUCCCAUCGUUCUUCGUAGAGGCGACCAUCUGUCAGUUUUCUGGGAAAGGCGCAAAGCAAGUUUGGAGCUUCUGUCCCAUGCUUAAAGGGGUUGGUGUUGGCUCUCUAUUGAUGAACUGUUUGUACAUGCCCUACUACACCCUCUUCCUGGCCUGGUCCAUCUACUACAUGGUGAAGUCCUGCUCCAGCGUCUUGCCCUGGACAACUUGUGGCAACACCUGGAACACCGACCUGUGUGUGGAAGACGAGAAUACAACCUACAAUAGUAACGGGACAAAUAUGGCAGGGAAUACAUCAGAAACUAUCACCUUAUCGGAGCAUGGGGAAAAUGGAACUUUGGCUCGCACACCUGCUGAGGAAUUUUUUCGGUACAAUGUGCUGAAUGUCUCAUCUGGAUUGGAGGACGUGGGAGCUGUACAGUGGCACAUAGUUGGAUGCCUGUGUGCAUCCUAUGCUGUGUAUGUGACCGCACUCCUGCCGUACGUCCUCCUCGUCUCCAUCUUCAUCACAGUAAUGCAAGAGCCAGGUGCUCUAAAUGGUCUGUACCACUACGUCAUCCCGGACUUCAACAAACUUCUCGAUAUACAGGUGUGGCUUGAAGCAUGUUUGCAAGUGUUCUAUUCACUUGGAGUUGGCUUUGGGAUGAUUGGCACUGCUGCGAGCUACAACAGCUUCCAUGAAUCAUGUCUGAAAAAUUCCCUCAUACUGACAAUAGUCUCCGAAGGAACCAGUAUCUUCUCUGGCCUCGUGACGUUUGCUACCCUCGGGUUCAUGUCACAGAAAGCGGAUGUUCCCAUUGAGACUGUUGUGGCAAAUGAGCCAGUGUUGUGUGUGGCCUCCAUCGGACCUGACACUAGCACGGAUAUGUGGUCAAAUCAAGCAAGUUGGCUGGUGGUGGCUGACAUCGUUAAGCCCCUCUCGCCAGUUCAUCCAACAAAUGUGUAA